AUGAGAGAUGAUUCUCAAGCACGUGAUAAAGGUCUUGAGAUGAAGAAGGACAUACGAUGUCCGAUGCUAACAUCGACCAACUACACCGUAUGGUCGAUGCAAAUGAAAGUGAUGCUUCGUCUAUACGAAGUUUGGGAUACGAUUGAUCCAGGGAGUAACGAUGCAAAGAAGAACAAUAUGGCGAUUGCUCUAAUCUUUCAAUCAGUCCCGGAGGCGCUAAUACUUCAGAUUGGAGAACAUGAUACAUCGAAGAAGAUUUGGGAAGCUAUCAAAUCCCGUAACCUAGGUGCUGAUCGCGUGAGAGAAGCAAGGUUACAAACUUUGAUGUCUGUGUUCGACAAACUGAAGAUGACAGACACAAACACGGUGGAUGACUACGCAGGAAAACUUUCAGGCUUAGCAUCGAGAGCAGCCGCGUUAGGAGAGAUAAUGGAAGCAUCACAGCUGGUAAAGAAGUUUCUGAAGGGACUUCCAAGAACGAAGUUCAUUCACAUCGUAGCUUCGUUAGAACAAGUGUUGGAUCUAAAUUCAACGGGAUUCGAAGACAUUGUUGGGAGAUUGAAGGCUUUUGAAGAACGCAUCAAAGAAGAAACCCAAGAUGAAGAUCAAUCGAAGCUAAUGUUUGUAAAGAAUGAUGCACAAGGUCGUGGAAGCCAUAUCAACUCGCGAGGAAGAGGCAUAGGUAGAGGUUAUGGUGGAAGAGGAAGAGGAAGAGGACGAGGAAGGUCUAAUGGUUCUGAUGGUCAUAACAAAGGAUGA